AUGGAAACCAUCGUCAGCCACACAGAUCAAAUUUUGGAGGAGAUCCAGCGUUACAAUAUGAAGUUAAAGAAAUCUAUUCUGAAAGGGAGUGAUCGGGACGGCGAGAAGGUUAUGGAAGGUCCAUCAAAAUUAACUCCACUCCUUCUGGUUUUGGUCAAAACUCUUGGUCAACAAUUGGAGUUCACGACUGAAGUUCUCCAAAAUACCUAUCAGUUGUUGAAUGUAGUCUAUGAUGAAGGUCAAAAAGAGACAUCUUGUCCAGAAUGGAAAGGCCUGGUAAGGUGGCUUCAGGGAUUAAGCACGCAUCUGUUACGUCUGGUUGAAGAUCUUGGACAGUCUGAAAAUGAGCUGCUUGGGAAACCCCAUGAUGAGCAACACAGCCCAGACAGGUCCAUGAAUUCUCAGAGUGAUGGCCGGAAGGAGGAAGUAGAUACGCCGUUACACGGCUCUACGAGUCCGCUCCCUGCUCCGCCUCCCUCUCCACAUGGAGAAGAAAAUGGGAGCAGGUUGGAGGAAAAGCAGUUGGCGGAACUGGAGAAGUUGGUUCCCUUCCAGGAAAAAGAAUCGGAAAAGGAAGAGGAAGGGCCAGUGCUUGUAAACAGUGAAAAUCCCAAAAAAUCAGAAGAACUCUGUCCGGCGCAGAAGAACCUCAGUGAAAAAGAUUCUUACUCAGAGGAUUCAUCCACUGACAAAAUCCAUGAAAACCUCAUUUGGGAAGACGGCGGGAAAACUACGGUGUCCCCAAAUCCAGAAGAGGUCGGUGUAGAACAUCUUCAGAUGAUGCCUGCUGAAGAAACACAGAGAGAGCUCAAAGGAACCUUGGAUGAGACAAAACGUGAGACUUGCAACCUACUAAAGAAAUUGGAGACUAUAAACGGGGAUUUCGAUCCAAAGCUGAGGAAUGAUGGAAUUGACCAAUGCCUGGAAGAAAGUUCUGGAAGAUCAGAAGAUCCGCAGGAAAGCCGCUCUGCUGUCAUGUGGAUUGAGAAGAUGGAGGAAGAGAAGGAUGAAUGCAGCAAAGAAUUUUUCACGGAAGCAAAUGAACUGGGAGAACCUGAACUAUCGUGUAGCGUGAUAGCCCCUCACGGCGUCCUGGAACAUCUCACCGUCACCGUCGUCAAUGAUUUAAGUCCCUUCGUUGUGAAUGAGUCAGAAGAACUUGUCAGCAACGUCAUAUCUGUAGAAUGUUCCUUGGUGGGCCAACUCAACAUUGCUCCCAUCAGCAUCGCAAUGCCGUUUAAUUCCCGCUACAGAGGAAUGUACAAAGACGUAAUGGUGAAAGUGAGUGACAUAAACUUCCAGUCCACUUAUUUAACUCCCACCUCUUUGGAAGGACAUCAAGGCAGCCAGAAGGGGUCAGCCGCCGUGGUGAGGACCUGCCACCUUGGUAUCUUCUCGGUGGUUUCAUGCUUGAAGAAGGAAACGUGGACCGUUCCAAGAAAAGGACUUUUGCGGAAGCUUAACAUGGAUCCCAGAGUUUCGUUUUGCUAUCCGCCAUCGACGUUCAGUUCCCGAGUCACAGUGGACUUAAAGGUGCAGCCCGUUGAUCAAUCCACGCUUUCAAUACUGAAGAUACAACAUGAUGAAUAUCAUUCAGUCAUGUCAACCAGCUCUCUGGUCCACCUGGAAUAUUCUUCCUCUCUGCCAUUCAACAGAGCUAUCACUGUGGUUCUACCUUGCCCUCCGAAUCAAGACAAAAGAAGAGAGGGCAUUGAGACCGAGGCUGGGAGAGCAACGAGUGCUUCAAUCCCCAGAGUUGCGAGCACUCAUACUUUCCGAGGUCUCAGUGCCUCCCCAAGAAAACACAGGGACAACCUGAAGGAACCACUGAAGGUCCUAGGCUACAGAAACAGUGAAGAAGAAUGGAUCCUGCUGGAUGACGUCACCGUGCGAAAUGCAAGGAACGGGCUUGUGUCAUUUGACUUAGAGGAACCCUUAGAGAGAUUUAUCGUCGUUCGCUUAUCUUCUGCGAUGGACAACGAACAUCUGGUUCAGUUUAUUCAGACUCUGGAACACGCCAUCCACAACAUCAUGGUGAAGGUGGUACUGUAUCAGAAUAAAGAGGAUCCUUACAAGAUCAUCGUCUUACUGGUUCCGUUUAAAGAAUUAAGGAUGGAGCUGCAGUCUCUACACGAGGAAGGGUAUUGUGCCCCUCCAGAACCUUCCAAGCCAUUUAAAAUGAGAGAAGGCGAUCAGGUUUACUUCAAAUUCAGCGGAAACAUUUUUGCCUCAGAUGACGGGAAUACCUACGGGAAAAAUUACAAGCUCGCUUUUCACGCUCAAAGAAAACCACGGCUUGCUCUUCAGAUCAAGGAAGUGGAUGAAUUUGGUAACUACAGUUCGCCCCAUUAUAAAGGAACGGCCUUAUUUUACAAAGUGACAAAAGACGCUGCCCUCAACAACGUAGAAACUCUUCCACUAGAAGACCAUGAACAAGAUUCCUUCCUGUGCAAACUGGCUCUGACUUUGCCAAAAAAGGAAAAACUGAUCAGCCGCCCGCAAAGCACAAAGAGAAUCUCAACAGAUACAUCAGAAGUCAUGUGGGACGACUUGCUGUACUGGUUGUCGGAGGAGCUGUCCGAAGAGAACGCCAACUUCCUUGCCCAAUACCUGCCUCUCCACCGAAGCACUCUUCAGUUUAUUAGACUGAAGUGUCCCGAUAACCUCACCGAGCAGAUCUAUGAGCUUCUGUGCUUCUGGAGGCGGAGCCUUCCAAGGUCCGCCGACAAGCUCAAGCUUCUCUCUCGCUACCUCUGCAAAAUCAACCGGAAUGAUUUGGCUCAACAUCUCCAGCUCAAGUGGACCAACCAAAAUGUCAUGAAGAAAAUUCAUAGGUAA